UUGUGAGUAGUGGUUAGGUUGCCUUCUUUCAUCAGAGUCCAUUUAUAUUCCAUCGUCCCGAGAAUCAGCCCACUGCUCUCCCUUUCUCCAAUUCUGUAAUUUGCAUUACCUCUUUCUCAGUUUCUCCCAGUCUCGCUGUGUUUCUGGAGGGGGAAACCUAGCUGCAUCCGUGUCUGUACAGCAAAAUGGGUUCAGAAGGAUCGAGGGUUGUAGUUCCCAGAAACUUUAGAUUGUUGGAAGAGCUUGAGAGAGGAGAAAAGGGAAUUGGAGAUGGAACUGUAAGCUAUGGAAUGGAUGAUGCUGAUGAUGUGUAUAUGCGUUCUUGGACUGGGACCAUAAUUGGUCCUCCCAAUACUGUUCAUGAGGGGCGCAUUUACCAGUUGAAACUGUUCUGUGACAAAGAUUACCCAGAUAACCCACCAACAGUGAGGUUUCAAACACGGAUAAACAUGACAUGUGUGAACCAGGAGACUGGAAUGGUUGAACCUAGCCAAUUCCCGAUGCUGGCUAAUUGGCAGAGGGAGUACACAAUGGAAGACAUAUUGACCCAAUUGAAGAAAGAAAUGAUGUCUCCUCAGAAUAGAAAGUUAGCCCAGCCUCCAGAAGGAAACGAAGAGCAAAGGGUGGAUCAAAAGGGGAUAGUGCUGAAGUGUUGUAUUCUCUAAAUGUAGUAUGACUAAAUAGACUAGUGUAUAUAAAUAUAUCUCCAUGUAGAUGGACUUGACAUAGGCCUAUUUUCUUCAAUUUGUAUGCUCAAGGAAAUUAAUGGUCCAAGCAAUUCAGAACCCGUAGUACUAGUGUUCUUCUAUUUUUAUUUUUCUUUCUUUUUUUCUCUUUCUAGUUUCAAGUUUCAACAAAUAUACAUGUAAUGUAGAACUUUCGGUGUUCUAUCAUAAUUCCACUACACCGUGGUCUAAUAAUGCAUUGUUUUGGAGGUGUGCAAGAGUUUGAUUCUGAUUCAGAACCAGA